GAGCUGAGGACGCAACUGCUGCCGCUCGAGAGAAGCUGUCUAGCCUCGAGUUCCCCGCUCAGCUCGUCUUGGAGCAGCCGGAGGAAGAGACCGCGGAGGAGAAGCCCAACAUGGGCCUGGUGAAGCUGAGCAAGCUGCCCGCGCUGGACGGCUUCUGCAGCCACGGCAUGUUCGCCCGCACGGGCCGCACCGCGCAGCCCAGCGACUACUCCUGCGCCAGGCGGGAUGCGCGUGCCAAGCCGGCACCGAGCAACCUGGUGGGCGUGUGGGCAGAGGUGGCCAGGGUCAUUGCCAACUUCAGUCAAGACCUUCAGGAGCUUCUGGGGCAGAUGCUGCCAUCGGAGAUGGCCGCGGUCCUGGAGAAGAAGGCGCCCUUGAGCGGGGAGGCUCUGCCACCAGGCGAGCUGCCCUUCGAUGUGUCGAAGCACCCCACCUGCAAGGUGGCGCACGCUCAGCGCUCGCUGAGCCGCUGGUCCGAGGACAUGGCCUUCUUCCGGGACCGCGCGGCCAGCACCAAGCAGUACUCCCUGAAGCUGAAGACGGGGGGGCAGUGGCCCUCCCUGGACGCCUUGGCACAGCUGCAGAAGAAGGUGGCCGCCCUAAAGGAGUCGGACGAAGCCGCGGUGAGCGAAGCCCUGACAGUGCUUCUGAAGGCCGCCGGCGCUGUGGAGGAGACCAGCAGCGAGGACCGGGUCGAGAUGCGCCUGCCCGUCCUGGGCCCGCCAGGAGUGCCUCAGGUACUCGCUGCUGCGGUAUUGUGGUCAGGUUUGGUUCGAAUUCCUCUUCGGCACGUUGCUCUCCGGCAAACAGAAGGAGGACUGGCAGACGGUGAACCCCUUCCUGGGCGACCAGGAGAGCUGCAACUGUUGUCGGACCUGGCGGUGCUGGUGAUGCUCCGCGCAUCGCGCCUUGGCUUGCUCAGCCGAUCCCUGGAGGAGCUGAGCCGCGUGCAGGUUCAGGUGCAAGCGCUCGAGGCGGGCGAGCCGCUGGAGUCCCGGCGCCUGCUGCUGGCACAGGCCUCCGCAAGCCUCGCCGCCACCCUGCGGUCCAAGCGCGCCUAUGCGCCCGGCGACUUAGAGGGCAGCUACGACCCCCGGUUCCUCGCUUUCGAGUUCACCCGGAACCUCUUGCUGCGCGAGAACCAGGUCAAUCUGGUGCAGGACUUUAUUUCUACCUUGGAGAACAAGGAGGGCGGCAGCGCCAUGGUGAAGCAGAUGAUCAUGGGCCAGGGGAAGACCACAGUGGUCUGCCCCAUGCUGGUCCUCAUGCUGGCGAACGGGGAGCAGCUGGUGGUGCUGGUGGUGCCCUCCGCACUGUUGGACAUGUCCCGGCGCGUGCUGCGGUCCACUUUCGCGUCGGUGCUUACAAAGGACGUUGGCACCUUUGAGUGCGAGCGCAGCAGUGCCUUUGACCCACACCUGCUGAAGAAGCUGGAGAAGGCCAAGCAGUCAGGUGCCGCGGUGGUCACGGUUCCCACGUCCGUCAAGUCACUGAUGCUCCGGAUGCUCGAGACCUGA